AUGAAGAACCAAAUUGCAAUAGGACUUGUCGCUAUUCUUCUUCAUCAAUAUCUCUCUGAAGUUUCCACACAAGCUAGUGUCAACGCGCAAGGUGCUACAGGAGGAUGCAAAAAAACCAACGUGCCGCUAAGACGGAGAAAGUACAUUCUAGAAGCGAAUUGUCCAUCUGGAACAGAACAUUCCGUAUGCACUUUAAGUUGUAGAGAUGGUUACGUCCAACAGAGUCAAUCUUUACCUUGUUCUUAUAAAAACAAAACGUGGAUAUGGCCAUUUGGGAAACUGAAACACUGCACAAAAAAGACCGCUACAGCAAAACAACUGACGACCACUACCACAAUAGCCACACCGUCAAACUGUCCACAGAAUCCAGAUCUUGCAAGGUUUCAAAAUAUCAAGACAUCUACAUGCGAUGUAACUGCUGUGGGGGAACGCUGCACCUUACUAUGUAAAAAUGGAUAUAUCACUGGAAGUGAAAAAACUCAAAAAAUGCUUUGCAAUUCUGAUGGAAAAUGGAAUUUAGAAGAAAUAAAGGACUGCCAAGAAAUUACGUGUCCUAGUUUAUCAUUUAACGACGGAUCCAGCUCUGUUGGACUUUGUGCCAACGAACCAGUCGGUUCAGAAUGUACAUUGAGUUGCGCAGCAGGAUUUAAACAUGAAGUUGGAGGAACAACGAAAACAGCAAUAUGCGAGAAAGAAACGAAUUCCGCCGCUACAUGGUCAAUCGGGAAUACAAAAUGCAUCCAGCAGUACAAAACUGAAUACAAGGAGGCCUAUUUCUCUUUUCUAGCUAUUACUUGUGAGCCGCUCUUAAUACCAGACUCACAAAAUUUGAAGAAGCCGACGUAUUCGACAAGUACAUGCUCAAGAAAUGCUGGAAAGACGUGCCGUAUUAAAUGCAGCGAUGAAUAUGAAUUUCAAAAUGGAAGAACUUACAAAACUAUCACAUGCCAACAAUACGGGGAAAGUGCAAAAAUUACAUGUCCCGGUUUAUCGUUUGACGACGGAACCCGCUCUGUUGAACUUUGUGCCAAUGAACCAGUGAAUUCAAAAUGUACACUGAGUUGCGCAGAAGGAUAUGAACUUAAAGGAACAACUAAAACCGCAACAUGCCGAAAAAUAACCACGAAUCCCGCUAAAUGGUCAUCAAUCGGGAAUACAAAAUGCGCUCGUAAGUCUUCCAAAAAGAAGUGA